UUGUUGUUGUUGUUGCAGUGGUGAAGAUGAACCCGCGAUUGGAAUGUUUCAUCUCUUAAAAGUUUCCAGGAAAUAUUCCUUCGAGAAUGCUUUGGCUCAAAUUGGGCAAAGAAACAAGAGUGGAAUAGAAUUAAUCAAGCGUCUUAGUAUUAGAACAGGAAGCGGUUCGUGUUUGAAUAGUUCCGGGGAUACUUUCUGUUUUGCUAGUUCUGCUACUAGCAGAGCAAGAGUAACCGGUACUCGUAGUAGGCCGAGUCACGUCUUUGGUUGCCAACUUUCCAAUCAACUGAGGAUAGCAACGUCGUUUCAAAAAAGAUAUUAUUUUGGAAUAUUUCCUGCGAUAACCUCUAUUCAUCUAGGCAGUCGCACUUAUUGUGAUUCGUGUACUAAUAGAAGGUUCGAAAAGACUCAAACUAUGGCAGAAGCCCAUGCUACAAGGACAGUUACUUUGGAAAAUCUUAAUUUCGAUAAUAAAGCAGUGAAAGAACUGCCUUUAGAUAACAGUGUUGAUCCAAGGGUACGAAGACCGGUACCAGGUGCCUGUUUUACUUCAGUAAACCAAGAGCCCCUUGAAAAUCCAGAAACUGUUGCAUACAGCUCUGAUGCCCUUUCGCUGUUAGAUAUUCCUGAAGAAGAAAUAUCUAAGGAUGACUUUGCUGAAUAUUUUUCUGGAAGUAAAAUCCUACCAGGAUCAAGCCCAGCAGCACAUUGUUAUUGUGGUCAUCAGUUUGGUUAUUUUUCUGGACAACUUGGUGACGGUGCUGCAAUGUAUCUUGGUGAAAUCGUCAACCAUAAGGGUGAACGAUGGGAGCUUCAGUUAAAAGGAAGUGGUCCAACACCAUUUUCAAGACAGGCAGAUGGUCGGAAGGUAUUAAGAUCAAGUGUAAGAGAAUUUUUAUGUAGUGAGGCAAUGCAUUAUCUUGGAAUACCAACCACAAGAUCUGGAAGUUGUGUAACAUCAGAUACAAGAGUGAUGAGGGAUAUAUUUUACAAUGGCAAACCGAUUAUGGAAAGGGCAACAGUCAUCUCAAGAAUUGCUCCAACAUUUCUAAGAUUUGGGUCUUUUGAAAUCUUCAAGCCUUUGGAUCAAAUAACUGGCAGGAAAGGACCAAGUGUUGGUGACAAGGAACUUCUCCAUAAGAUGUUGAAAUAUUCCAUAACAACCUUCUUUCCUGAGACUGCUGAAAGAUUUCCAGAGGCUGGUCCAGAUCAGUAUGGGGAUUUCUACAAAGAAGUUGUGAUAAGAACUGCCCGUCUGGUUGCUCACUGGCAAGCUGUUGGCUUCUGCCAUGGUGUUCUGAAUACAGAUAACAUGAGCAUCUUAGGACUCACAAUCGACUAUGGUCCUUUUGGAUUCAUGGAUUACUAUAAUCCAGAUCAUGUUUGCAACGCAUCAGACGAUCAAGGCCGGUAUUCCUAUCAAAAUCAACCAUCCAUUUGCAAAUGGAAUCUGAGAAAAUUUGCUGAGGCUUUACAGGAUGCUUUGCCCUUAGAUUUGUCACUUGAAAUACUGAAUUUGUAUGACGAUGAAUAUAAAAUGGCGUAUCUGAGUUUAAUGAGAAAGAAGCUGGGACUUUUGCGAAUGAUGCAUGAAAGUGACAGUGAACUGAUUUCGUCGUUGUUCGAAACUAUGGAGAAAACAUGUGCUGAUUUUACGAACACUUUUCGCUAUUUGUCGAAUGUUAAACCUGCUGAGGCUGACAUUGAAAGCGAAGAGAGAAUUUUGAUGUACCUCGUCAGCCAAUGCCAAACGGUAGAAGAAAUGAAAAAAGCAUCGCAAACAAAUACAGAGCCUGGUGAGAUUCAGCUGCUGCUGAGAAUGUUGCAGGCCCAGCCAACGUUGCUACAACAGUUGGGCGGAGGAGCCGUAGCACAACUUAAGAAAGAGCUGGAAAAAAUGGAAAAAGGCAAAGAAUUGGACAAUAUUACUCAAGCAGAAAAAUCUGCGAAAGACAAGGAACUUUGGAAAGAGUGGCUCAAGGAGUAUAGGAAUCGAUUGCAGGACGAGUUCAAAGACCAAGACGACUUAGCUACUAAAGAUCAGGCAAUGAUGGAACGUGUUAAAACUAUGAACGAGUCGAACCCAAGGAUUGUAUUGCGGAAUUACGUUGCCCAGCAUGUUAUCGAAGCUGCAGAAGAAGGCAACUAUGAAGAGAUUCGGCACCUUCUCAAGUUGUUGAGGUCACCCUUCUCUGAAGAUCAUCAAACUAUCGACGGAUUCAACAUCGAAUCUUCUCACAGUGAAAGCUCCUCUGACGUAAGUGGCCAAAGUAACAACGUUUGCAAGCCCCCUGUCACUAAACUGGAAAGUCUCAGUAAGGCCAUUGACUACCAAAGUACCAUACCGUCUUGGGCAGUCGAUUUAAGGGUCACGUGAUCUUCGUAAGUACUCUGAACUUGACGUCAUCAACCAUUAUUUGGAAUGUUUCCUGAAGAAUGUUUAUGUUUGAAAACCUACCUAUUUUAAUCAGUUUGCAUGUUUGUAUUUUGACAUUAAAAAUUUUUUUUGCAAGGGCAAAGUAGUAUCAAAUAAAGAGUAGAAUCAUUAAGUUGACAAAUACUUAGUAUCAUUGAUAAAACAGACAACUGCAUCACAGAACCUAACCCCGUAGCUGCUAUCCAUAAAACAUAAACCACUCGCCGUGCCACUAUCAUGUUCAAUUUGCCUCUUCUUGGUGACGAGACUACCAAUAACCCAGCUCUUUGUUGAUAUCCCUGCUGUUCCCUUCAUAUCAAUACAGACCAUAUCUGAAUGGGGAUACACGUGGGUGAGAGGCUUUACCACAAAUUCAUGAUAUCAAUCAAGGGUCUAGAUGCUUAUCUUAAAAGCAGUAUCGAAUAGAUUGAAGAUUUACGUAUUUCUUUAUGUUAAUAUUUAAUGUACUUGAGGGUGGGCCAAUUUUUGGUAAUUUUAAUGAUAUUUAUUGGAAAUAAUUUUUUUUUCAUUUUUAAUCAUUGUGACAAAUGACUUCAGGAAAGUGAAUCCCCGGUUGUAUGACGUUGGUUUAGAGUACGCUUGCAGUAUAUACUGAACUUUUUAGGUUUCUGGGGUACUUUGUUCUUUCUCUUGAAAAACACCAUUGAUUUCUCUGUAUAUAUAUAUUCAUAUUAAAUAUACAUAACGUAUCUACAUAACAUAACUAUAGGCAUGAACCACUACAACAGUUUAGUACAGACGCUGAUCCAAGUUCAAAUAAAGAUGGCUUGCUUACCCAAUACCUGUGCAAAGUUUUUUUCAUUUCAAUUAUCGUUUUUAACGUCUUCACUAUUACAGUCUCACUUUUAUUUUAUUCCGGGAUGGUCGAAAAGCAUGUCUGUCGGAUGCAAAACAUGAUCCUCCAAUUCACGUUACGCUAAAUGUUGAUUUUGAUUAGAAUUUUUGACCUGUCCCUUGUGACAAUGUCUUUGAAAGAGAUCCCCAUCGCUCUUAUAUAAAGAAUAAAUAAAAAAUGUCCAGAACAAUCCUCCUUAGAAAGCAAAGAAAAUUGGGCGGAGAUUGGGUGUGGUACUGUGAUUUCAGUGGCCUUCCUCACCGUUUUUGACCGUAUGACCGCCCAUGGUCAUUGACCGGAUGACCGUCAGGUUUUCCAAGCCCUGUAUGCAAACAACCAUUGUGUUGGACUCACUGAGAGAACAAAGUACCCCAAGUCAAUUCCGUGACAAUGUAUUAUGAAGACGCAUCUUCAAUUUGACGUAGUGCAAGGAUUUGCGUUUGAAAGAUAUCACAUUGUCGUUCUUAAUGCGUGAAAAUGUGUCGUGAAAAUGUGUCGUGAAAAUGUAUCGUUCAUUAUUAUUCUUGUAAUUAAAAUAAAUUAUUAAUGUCAAUUGAUUUAAAAAACAA